AUGUUAAUUGAUAAAUUUCCCGGCGUGUUUGAUAACGAUUUGGGUAAGUUUAAUGGAGGAAAGGCUAAAUUGUAUUUAAAAGAAAACACGGUUCCGAUUUAUCGCAAAGCACGUCCGUUACCAUUUGCUCUAACCUGUAAAGUGGAGGAGGAAUUAAACAAUUUAAUCAAAUUGGAUAUUUUAAAUCCCGUUAAUAGUAGCGAGUGGGCAACUCCAAUUGUCCCGGUUCUUAAAAAAAAUGGCCAAGUGAGAAUCUGUGGCGAUUUUAAAAUAACCUUAAAUCCCCAUCUUCAUAUCAAUAAAUACCCCGUUCCUAAAAUUGACGAUUUAUUGGUGUCAUUAAAAAAUUGCGCGAUUUUUAGUAAGAUAGAUCUUUCGCAGGCGUAUGCGCAGAUUGAAUUAGACGACGAAUCAAAAAAAUUGGUCACUAUAAAUACCCAUAAGGGUCUGUUUCAGUGUAACACGUUGCCAUAUGGGGUAGCAUCCAGCCCAGGUAUUUUUCGACAACUCACUGAAAAUAUUUUUGCUGGCAUCGACAAUGUGGUAAUAUUUUUGGAUGACAUCUUGAUCGCAUCGGAGAACGAAGGAAUCCAUAUAAAAACACUUAUGGAGGUAUUCCAAAAAUUAAGCCAAGUUAAUUUAAAAAUUCAAGUAAAUAAAUGUUCGUUCGCAACGACACAAAUUCAGCACUUAGGGUUCAUAGUCGACAAAGAAGGUAUACACACUGAUCCGAUUAAGAUGGAAGCCAUUAAAAAGGUAAAGGUACCGCAAAAUGUGACUCAGUUGAGGGCAUUUUUAGGCUUAGUAAAUUAUUACGCCAAGUUUUUACCAGGUAUCACUAAUAUUUUGUAUCCUUUAUAUAAAUUAUUAAGGAAAAACGAGCCAUUUCAAUAG